UCCAACAAUGAGCGGCAGAGGCAAAACCGGUGGCAAAGCCAGAGCGAAGGCCAAGACCCGCUCCUCUCGUGCUGGUCUCCAGUUCCCAGUCGGUCGCGUCCACAGACAUCUGCGCAAAGGCAACUAUGCGCAGCGUGUCGGCGCAGGAGCCCCCGUCUACCUGGCGGCUGUGCUGGAGUAUCUGACCGCUGAGAUCCUGGAGCUGGCUGGAAACGCUGCACGCGACAACAAGAAGACCCGCAUCAUCCCGCGUCACCUGCAGCUGGCUGUCCGCAACGACGAGGAGCUCAACAAACUGCUGGGCGGAGUGACCAUCGCUCAGGGCGGCGUACUGCCCAACAUCCAGGCUGUGCUUCUGCCCAAGAAGACCGAGAAGCCCGCCAAGUCAAAGUAGACCUGGAGACCACCAGCUGGACCACAAAGGCUCUUUUAAGAGCCACCCACUCACACAAAGAGCUCUGAUCCGCUAUUCUGAAAUAAUGAACAAUAUUCUCUUUUACAAAGGGUGACGUUAACGGAAAUCAUUCAAGCAGGUAUAGUCUCCUAUUUGAAUAAAACUGGCAUAGUUACGGUGGCAGAGAAGUUUCAGACAAAUACAAAAGCCACAAAACACCCGCAAAUGCCAAAAUACAAGAGCCACAACACAAUCGCAAACACAUUUACAUACAACCAUCCACACACCUAAAGGUAAUUUAGAGUCAGCAAUCGACCUAAUCCCCAGAGCAUGUCUUUGGACUGUGGGAGGUGGUUUUAAACCUCACAAAUCGCUGCUUCCACUCAGGCCAUUCUCCUGGCUUAUCGAAGGAGAAGUUUGUUGUUGAUUGAACUUUGCCAUAUUUCUGUUUUUACUUCCACCAUGUAAAUUAAUGCAAGAGAGGCUCACUGUACAGGCCCAAGCACACUAGAUUAUGACACACUCCACCCAGCUUAAACACAAACACUGCACGUACCAGCUGAAACACAGCAGAGUGGAGAGCAGUGCCACUCACACAGCUCUUCAACAGCUUCUUCUAAGGAAGAAGGUAUUUUAUAUGUCACUGAUAUUAGCUAAUGUGCUUCCUAGACCUGCCGCUUUGGGACAUUGCCCGAGCCCAGCUGAGACAGGCAGACAUGCAGAGAGGAUGCAGGAAAAGUCUGUAUUUGGAGCACAGUUCCUAAUUUACAAAUGUUACUAGAUAUAUAUUGCUCAAGGUCGUGCCAUGUGCUAUGGACCAGCUGCCACUGCACCAUAUUUAAGGAGUUUUCAUUAUAUUUAUAUUAUAAUGUGGAUUCUUGGUCUAUGCACAAAUGUCAAAUAAAAACCAGACAGACAA